UUCUUUUCUCUUCCCUUCCUCUAUGGGAUUCUCUCUCAGUGCCGACAAUGAGGAGGCUUUAAUUUCCCUCAGCAGACGAGGCACGGUCCGACUCGGCGGAUGACAGUUUCCCACUCCCCCCUCUCUCAUCUCCCCACACCCCUUUACCAUCCUGCUGUACCGCUGGGAACUCUCUCCCAUGCCCACGCUCGCGGGUGGAAGCGCACCCGGCGGCUCCCCGCGAGUGGUGCCGACCUCGCGCUCUCGGCUCGUCGGGGCCGGGAGCAGCGGCUCGGGAACACCGCGGUCGCUUCCCCGGGCGGACGCUGUACAGCCGGUGCCGCACGACCGACCCUGAACGGGGGGCCGAGCUGGGAGGGGAGGGCCGGGCGGCCCCGACGGGCGGGCAGUCCCCGCGGCCCCGGCUCCUCGCAGCGAACGGGGUGCCUUGUUAUAUUGGAAAUGAGGGGCAGGGGGAGGAGGUGGCGGGCACGCGGAGCGCCGGGUGUGCGGUGUCAAUCAGAGGGGUUUUGUGUCUCCUCGGCUCCUGACGGUCCGUGGCUGAGGUGUCCCGGGUGGCACCGCCAUGAAUAUGAAUGGGGGUCCUCGCUAAAUGGGACAGUCAAAGCGCACCGCCCUGAAUAACGGCACGUCAUCCCAACUACACCGCUAUACAUAGGAGGGCUCCUUUUGUCUCCGCUCUCCGCCGCAGCCCUAUAAAAGCCCCUCGUAGGCAGGCGGAGGUCAGUCCCGGCACACACCCACCGCCGUCCCUGAGUGCGGGGCGCGGGGCAGCGCUGCCGCGGGGCAGAGGGCUCUUUCCCCCGCUGCCGCCCCAAGCUGCCGCCCGCCCGGCGCCGUCCGACCCGUCCAUCCCUGGUGCCCCCCGGAGGAGCCGCCCCGUUCCGCCGCCUCCCGAUCAGGGCAAGGUGUCUCGCUCCGGCGCUCGAGUACAAUGAAUUCUGACUCCAGCUCCGUCUCCAGCAGAGCCUCCUCGCCGGACAUGGACGAGAUGUACCUGCGGGAGCACCGCCACCACCACCACCACCACCACCCGGAGAGCCGCCUCAACCCCGUCUCUUCCACGCAGGGCGACCUGGUGCAGAAGAUGGCCGGGGAGGGCCUGGCCCGGGGCGGCCCCAAGGCGCAGGGGGAGGGCGGCAAGUACAAGAUCAAGAAGCAGCUCUCGGAGCAGGACCUGCAGCAGCUGCGGCUCAAGAUCAACGGGCGGGAGCGCAAGCGGAUGCACGACCUCAACCUGGCCAUGGACGGGCUGCGGGAGGUGAUGCCCUACGCGCACGGCCCCUCCGUCCGGAAACUCUCCAAAAUCGCCACCCUGCUGCUGGCCAGAAACUACAUCCUGAUGCUCACCAGCUCCCUGGAGGAGAUGAAACGCCUGGUGGGGGAGAUCUACGGCGGCCACCACUCGGCCUUCCACUGCGGCACCGUGGGCCACUCAGCCGCCGCGCACCCGCCCCACGCAGCGGGCGCCGUGCACCAGGUGCACCCCAUCCUCGGCGGGGCCCUCUCCUCCGCCAACGCGUCCCCGUCGCUGCCAGCCUCUCUGCCGGCCCUGGGCACCAUCCGGCCGCCCCACUCCCUGCUGAAGACCCCUUCCACUCCCCCCGCGCUGCAGCUCGGCGGCGGCUUCCAGCACUGGGCCGGCUUGCCGUGCCCCUGCACCAUCUGCCAGGUGCCCCCCCCGCCUCACCUCUCUGCCCUCUCCGCCUCCGGCAUGGGCCGGAUCUCGGCGGACACCAAGGACCUGCUCAAGUGAGCCGCCCCGGCCCUGCCCCCCGCCCCCGGGACCGCGGGGCCGGGGAGGGAAGGACCCUGCCGAGGGGACGCUGCCGCCCGCGCCGAGCCGGGAGAGGAGCGAUCCCCGCGGUAAAAAAGAGUAAUAGCGGUGGGGAGGAAAUGUAAAUAAUUCCUUAAAAUGGAUGGAAAAAAAAAAAA